GCUUUGUUGAACAUUUGAACUCUCGGGUAUUAUACAUAAUUUCUAAACGUGUGACAAUUGAACGUAUGUAUAUUAACAAGUGUGUGUAUUAUACAUCAAUUAUAUUAGGCUAAUUAGAAAUAGACACGCUUCCAUCGAUUUUGUUUGAUUCCAGAUUAACAAUCAUGUAAUUUGAUGCCAUGUAUAUAUGGAUUUUGUUAAUAUUUUUUCCCCACAAUUCUUUAUUGGAUAAAGUUACCAUGGUGAUAAGAUCACACACAUACAGAGUAUAAAAGGAAAUUCCAACCGUUGACAAAACUGUCCAUGAGCUGUUACUAUGUCUUGUUUCUAUGAUCUCCAUCUGAAAGUAGAAGCGUUCUUUGGUGGUGCUUUUGAGAAAUAUGGUAAAUUUGUGGCGAGAAAUCCGUGGAAGGCCAUUAUUUUUGUUGUUAUAGUAGACAUAGGAUUUGGUAUCGGUCUGAUUAAUCUGACUCAGGAUACCAGUCUAGAACAGUACGCUCCGACAGACAGUACAGCAAUGAAACAACGGGAGCUGGUUAAAAGUAUGUUUACGGUGAACACAUCUACAAAUUACUACGCACAAAGUCUAGUGAACAUUGGAAAUUUUGCAGUUGUCAUAAUAAAGAAGAAAAAUGGCGGCAACAUACUAGAUUCGUCACUAUGGAGCGAGAUAACUGCCUUGAGAGAUUACGUCAUUGCUACCUCUAUAUCAUCGUCUGGUACAACAUACGAUUUUGCGGAUCUUUGUGCGAAACGAUUUUCGUCAUGCGUAAUAGACGGAAACUAUAUUCUAGAUUCUGACUUUACCACAGCUCUUGCUGGCGGAACUAUUUCUUACCCACAGUUCACGACUUCCGGUGAGACUUUUACCAUAGACAACACAUUUGCCGGAACUAUAUCGUCAAGCGGAAUUCUCACAUCAGCAACAGCAGUUAAAUUAAAAUUUAACCUUGCCGAUGUUAACUCAAAACUCGCUGACGCGUGGGAGGAUGCAUUUUUGAACCGAAUUAAAACAUACAGCAGUAGUUCUUUGAAUUUCGAAUUCGCCCAUUCUAGAAGUACAGAUGAAGAACUGAAUGCCAAUGUUGCAGGAGACAUCACGUUUUUUUCCAUCACGUUUACAUUAAUGAUAACAUUUAGUAGUUUAGUUAUGGUUGGUGGUAAUUGUGUAUCGAACCGAUAUAAUAUUGCUAUGGCUGGAGUGUUGUCUACUGGAUUGGCUAUCGUAGCAGCAUUAGGAUUUAUAAGUGCUGUUGGUGUACUCUUUACCAGUAUUGUUGGAACAAUGCCUUUUUUAAUCUUAGGAAUCGGUGUAGAUGAUAUGUUUAUCUUACUGUCUGGUUUAGCGGCAACAUCACCAGAACUAGACACCGAAACACGAAUUGGACUGACAAUGAAAUCCAGUGGUAUCGCAAUUACUAUUACAUCACUAACUGACGUCAUCGCUUUCUGUGCAGGAGCCUCUUCUGUGUUCCCAGCAGUUCGGAACUUUUCUUGGUUUACGGGUGCAGCCAUACUUUUUAGCUACCUUAACUACAUCACGUUUUAUCUCGGUUGUAUGACGAUAAACGAGAAAAGAAUUGAACAAAAUAGACACUUCUUUACAUGUCAAAAAAUAAAAUCGAAAGCAGAUAUGAAGAAGAAUGCAGGCAAUUCAAGAGCAGACAUUUUCUGUUGUUCCGGAUCUCCCCAUCAACACAGAGGUGAAGUGGAAGGUCCUAUUGAGAAAUACCCAAAGAUGUGGGUGACAAAAAUAGUGCGUUUUACUACUGCAAAAAUUAUAAUUUUAUUAUUGUUUGCCGGAUUCGUUGCCGUAUCAAUAUAUGGUGCUGUCCAUUUUAAACAAGAUUUCAAUAGGAGGGAUCUAGUGACCACCGAUUCAUACUUUUAUGCAUAUUAUAAUGCUGAAACUACAUUAUAUGAUCAAAGCUUCCCAAUAUCGCUGAAUGUACAAGCCAGUGUAGAUUACCUAUCAAGUACAACUCUCGAUGCGAUAAAUUCCCUUCGCGAUAACGUUAGAAACGAUACUGAUAUCGAAGACACGUUCUUCAUCUCAUGGUUGCAUGCAUAUAUUGAUUCAGCCAAUUACGACGAUUCGUCUCUGUCAAACUUCAUUUCCGGUUUGGAGACAUAUCUGGGAACAACAGCUGGUAACUUGUAUAUCAAUGACGUCACAAUUGAUGGAACAUCAAUAACAGCGUCACGAUUUCACGUUCUUACAGAAAACCUUGCGUCAUCAACGCAACAAGGAGACAUGAUGAACCGCGUUAGGGAAAUAGUUGGUAGUUCGUCCUUGCCCGUGUUUGCAUUCGCGCCUGCGUUUAUUUUUAUUGAACAGUAUGUGGUUAUUUUGUCGCAGACUUUGCAAACGCUUGGUAUUUGUGUGGCCGUAGUUUUUAUAAUAAUAACAGUUUUCUUACCCCUGCCCGUCAUGAUUCUUCUAAUUACAAUCACUGUUGUCCUCAUUAUGACGUCAGUGAUUGGAUUCAUGCAUUUAUGGGGACUAACGUUAAGCUCCAUUACAAUGAUCCAUAUUAUCAUGUGUAUAGGGUUUUGUGUUGACUUUGCUACUCAUGUGUGCCAUGCGUAUGUCCAAGCUAAAGGGGACACUAGAGACCAGCGAGUAGCAGUUGCUAUUGAUCAUGCUGGCGGGCCAAUACUGAACGGAGCCCUUUCAACAAUAAUCGGCGUGGCAAUGUUGGCAUUCUCAAAGUCAUUUAUUUUCUUCUCUUUUUUCAAAGUAAUGCUUAUGGUAAUGUUAUUUGGGCUUCUGUAUUCUGUAUUUCUUUUGCCUGUCGUGCUGUCGUUUAUUGGUCCACACUACAAUCAUGAAAUGGAAAGCGCAAAAGUAAUGGACGAUAUAUCAUUACCGAAGAAAAGCGACCAGACAAUCACUUUACCUGGUGAACUAAAUGAUGAUCAAGAGGAUGAGAAACUAAAACAUGUGUAAUACAAUGUAUCUAUAUUGUUAUAUUUACAUCUUAAGUGGUUCUAUUGGUAUAUAAAUUAUGAUUUUUGUUUCAGUUUCGAUAGAUCUUCUUCAGUGGUCAUAUGCAUAUUCCGAAUAUAUCAUUCAUACAGCUUUUAUACCUGAAAAUGUCAAUGUAUCUCAUGUAUCUACAAUUUAAUAAAUUAAUAUAACUUAAUCAAAAAAGCUAUUUGCGGGCCUUUAAAUGACAAAUACAAGUUUAUAUAAACUACAUUCAACGGACACAUUUUACAUCACCAGAGGCGCAUUUCGACAUGUUAUGUAUAUUCGGCGAUUCUUCAGUAAUACUGUCCUAUUAUCGUUAUUUAAGGAACGAGUAACAUUUUGUUCUGUCUUUGAAGAAGAUACUUAACCAUAUUUUUAUAUAAUUUCGAAGAAACAGAAAAAAAAUAUCACAGUAAUUCCUUACCAUUCAAUUUUGAAUUCUUUUUUAAGCUGGAAUAAAUCAUGAACAAGAAUAUAUCCCAAUCCGCAUAAUCAUUUUCUAUGUUCAGUGAACCAUUAAAAUGGGAUAAAGACUCUUAUUUGGCAUUAAAAUUAGAAAGAUCAUAAUCAGAAGGAACAUGUAUAUUAAAUUUCAAAUUGAUUGAACUUCAACUUCAUCAAAAACUACCUCGGUCAAACACUAUAUAUAUAACGUGAAGCUGGACGGACGAGCGAACGAACAGACGAACAGACGCAUAGAUAAAAAAAAACAUCAUACCAAUAAAUGGUGUAUACAAAUCGUUGAUGACAAAAAGACAUAACGAAAUUAUGUGUAUAAAGCUAAUGGACAAUUAUUGCAAAUAACUUUUGAAUUAAGGAAGAUGAAACCAAAAAUAUGACAGAUUGUAUCCUGUUUAGUAUAACGUUACUAAGAAAUAACCGAUUGCAUCGAUAAUUUGAAUUCCUAUAAGUUGUAAUUGUUAUUGUAAUGACAAAUAAAACACUCUUGAUGUGAUGCAACAUUCGACCUUAAAGAUUUGACUUUGAAGCUUCCGUCAUGCACCACCGGAAGUCAAGCAAGAAACAAUCAAUCCUUUACCUAAAUUUGUUGAGCAUGUACAUUAUUGUCUUCAACUAUUUAAAUACCAUUAGUAUCUUCUUUGAUUAUAAGUUGAUAAACUCAACUUUGUAAUGCUUGAUAGAAAUUAUUGAUAUUUUAGUUUAUCUUAAUAAGAUUUGAAAUUUUGCAUUUUUGAUACACCUGUCAGAGAAUUGACUUUAUAGACAGAUCGAGCGAGCUAGUAAAUUCAUAACAACAACACCUUGGUAUCAAACAUCACAAGUGAAGGGGAAUAGCUUCUAGUAACUUAAAGGUUAUAUAUGGACUCUUCCAAUUCGUCAUACAAAAUAUAUAACCCCUCCAUGAGGUGUGUCCGCUAUGCUGCGCGGAGUGUUUUUAUAUGCUGCCACGUCCGUUUUGGAAUAAAGAAUCAACGUUUAAAUCUGAUUUUCGUGUAGGAAGAGUGUCGUGCUCUAUACACUGUUUAGAACGUUUGCAACUAAUGUUUUAACAUUUGGGCACAUGUUACUUGACUUUAUAUAUAUAUAUGUCGUGUACAAGUUGCGAUGUUGUACCAAGGAUUUGUAUAGUUAGUCUAACUAUACAAAUCCUUGGUUGUACAAAUUAUUAUUUGUACAGAAUUUUUGUACAAGUUAUAAGUGUUUUACUGUGGAUUCAUUAUUAUUCUUGGGAUACCAAUUUUCGUGGAUUUUGUUGGUACAGGCAAACCACGAAAUAAAAUGUUCAACGAAUGACAAUUUUUACGAAGGCGUGUAUGCAGACUUCGGUAAAACCACGAAAUUAAAUAUCCACGAAUAUGUAAGUUUCCCUGAAUCCACGAAAAUUGCAACCCAAGAGAAUAAAUGAAUCCAUAGUAUGAACCGAUUAACACGAAUGAAUGAUGCAAGCACACGGUCUUUUGUUUUCUAUAUUUCUGUCAUAUUUCUACAACUAAAUGAUAUAUACACCUUGAAAAAAGUAUUGCUAUACCAUCGAUUGUUCAAAAGUUAAAAAUCAGCCUCUUAUUUUGGAUGGAACAUUAUAAAUAUUUGUAAAAUAAUAUUGAAACAUAGUUUAUGACAACAUUGGCAUGUAUGUUUUUUUUUAUCUAACCACAGUUUUAAUGACAAAAUGAAGUGCCUUUUGUACAAAAAUAAAUGCAUUUUAUAACUUUUACUGUAGUCAACCUUAACAAUGUCAGACAUUUCAAAAUUAAUCUUAUUAAUAAGAUGAUUGUUCACAUCAUGGUUGAUCGUUUUACGCCAAAAAAAUAGUAAUUUGUGUGCAGCCUCCAUUCAAACGGAUAACCGCCUCUUAACGUUUUCUGAUUCCUGACAUAAAUCGACUUAUUUGUUGCUGAGGUAGCAGCAACCAUUUCUGAUGAAGGCCAUUGUUUAUUUCAUCGUGUUUAAACUUUACGCGCCCAAUAGUGUCUUAGAUAUGCUCGGUAUGUUUCAAAUCCGGACAACGAUCGGGCCAAGGAAGAUGAACCGAAUUCCAUUUGAACGAUGGAUUUUCCUCCACGAUGCUAAUUUCAAAUUUUGGGGAGCUCUGCACUACAUUGGAUACGGACAACUGUGUGUCUGUUCGUAAGCAAAGGUCCCCAAAAUGCUCCUAUCGCAAUAUAACUAUUAGCGAUGAGCUGAUCUCGAACAGUUUUUGUUCAAAGGCUCCUGUAUGGCAACCACUCUUUUUAGGAUAGUAUUGUAUGCAAUGGGUUUCUUUCUGACCAACCUUCGUCAUGCUUGAUUUUCCCUAGCAGAUGGUAUAGGGGGUCUUUCCGAUCUCGAAAGGUCUUUAACAUCAUUUAUUGCCUGAUUUUUAUUCUCAAAACGACUUAUAGUGGAAUGGUGAUUACCAACAAUACGUGCGGUUGUCACAGCGACAUACCUGCUUUUAUGAUGCUGAUAAUCUACAAUCUUGCUGCAGUUAGGAGUUGUGGAGGACCCAUUACAAGGUGUCAAUCACAUAACUUUAUACAUUUAUAAACUUGGUUAUUUUAAGUGUUGAAAACAAUGAGGAUAAAAAACACAUGUUUUGCUGUUUACGGGUACAGUAGCUGCAUGUGCAGAUAAGAACUUAUCGAGGCGAUAUUUAUUGAUUCAACUCAGGUGAUAUUAAAAUAAUGUUUAACAAGUUCUAUUUUAACAAAUUAUAUCACCAAAAAAAAUAAAGUAACUGCAUGUGCAGAUAAGAACUUAUCGAGACGAUAUUUAUGAGUGUGUCUUUAAUUUCAAUUUGGUGUUGCAAUACUUUUUUUCCAUGUGUAUAGACUUAUACUGAGCAUUGCUACAAAAAUGUUAUAAAAACACAAACAAACUUUUUAUUGAUAUGAUUUUGGUAUAAGGAGAAAAAUAAAAUUAGAAUUUAAACCAUUCAGGUAUCCUCAUUUCCAGUUUGAGGACAAAGAUACUAGCACUAAAUGUUAUAGGUUGAAUAUAUAUAGAUUUGAAUUUAAGACAUUUAACUGAUACAUUUUAUAAGACAAACUUGUUAUCACCUGGUGCAAGAAAGUACAUGUAUGUGUAAAAAAACCUGACAACUUGUACAAAACUCGGUACAAAAACCCUGUACAAAUUAUAAUUUGUACAAACUUACAUCUUGUAAACAACACAUAUACAUAUCUAUAGAUGCAUACACCUCAACAUUUCAUUCUUCAUUCUGUGUGUGUUAAUGUUGUUGUUGGGA